UGGCGGUUGACAACAUGACAAGUUGCGGAGCCGGAGAUGCGGUUACUUGAAAUUAUUUAAAAAUUGCCAAAAUUUAUGUUAAAAAGUUGUAACUGAAUUGUGGAUGCUAUUAAGUUAUCUAGUGAUUGUAAAUUCCUUUUUCAUUUUAUGAUUUUACAUCAAUGUAUCAAGCAACAAGUAACUUACCUAUCCAGUAGUUUUGCUUGGUUGUAAAAGAUGGAAUCCAUUGGUAAUUUAAAAUGGAUGAUUGAAGAAUUUUUAAGCUUUCAUAUUACUAAGAACAAGAACAAUUUGGAGGUUACUAGCAGUACUGCAGAAGCGUACUGCAAAUUUUCAAGAGAAGAAAUUACCAACAUUUGUGGCACAUUCUACAUAACUGGGGAGGAGACAUGUACUUUUGUGUUGGAUGAUCACUCUUAUCGGGUGCCAUGCAUAGUCACAAAUCCAGCCUCCAACAUUCAGCGGCUGUUCAAGCUAUUGGACAACAAGGUUUUGGUGCGAAAGGGGCAUUUCGUAGCUGAAAGAUACGCUCAACGAGAUGGAGACAAACCAUUGGUGUGGCUUCAAGUGGCGGUUGAUGAUAUGAUAAUUUUGGAUGUUGGCAAACCUGACAGCUCGCCACCGCCGCUAGCAGAAACGCACUGGGACCUGCGAGUGCUAGUGGCCCAUGUUUCAACCCCAAUUAUCACAACACGUAGCGGUGCCUUUGCGCUGGUCCUCGUCUUGACUAAACUGCCAGGAAGUGACCGGUCACAGUAUUUAUGGAUCCUGCUGACUGGGAAGCAGCUGAUAUGGAAUCAGUUCCUCAUCGCCAACCGAGAAUACGACAUUCACUUGACCUGUGACAAGGAUAAUUUUGCACUUGAGACAAGACACUUGAAAGAUGCAGUGCGCUCUAUAACGGGAGCUUCGCAGCAUUUAUACGAAGUGCUGCACCAUGAUACGAUGUGGCCGACAACUGAUACAGUAUCAUUGCCGCCUGAUACACAACUAUCGCUGCAGCCUUCUUCUGUCGACAGGUUGUCCACAUUCAAUUGCAAAUGGCCGUCUGUCUGGUGGAUGAGCAUAGACGAGGCGUUGGCUCAGGACGCGAGUCAACUCACAUUUUCGAUUUGGGGUGAAGUGGUCAAGGUCUUUGAUGAUGACAACACAGUGACGAAAUCGUCCAAACAGAGCUGUUCGCUGUGUCCGCUACGACCGAGCGAGGCCAAUAGCCGUGGUGUCGUGGGGGCGAGAGGCAAUUUCAAGAUGGCCGACGCGGGUACCAUCUACGAUCCGUGGGAAAGUGAACUGCGAAUGGAGGGGGGACCACUUCGCGUCCCUCUCUCCUCUUCCGACCAUCUCGCGGGUGACACAGACAGAAAAGGCCUCGAUCUGCCCCGCCUGCCAGCCAAAUUGACGAAAAACGUGACACUGAAAGACACGCAAAGCGGCAAACAGGUGUGCGUGUACGUGAAGAACUGGGCCUCUCACCAAUAUGCGCCACUGUUCACACCGGGCGUGCUGCUGUGUUGCCGCUUCGUGCAGCGACGUGCGUCGAGAAAUGGCAACGCCUACUUUACCACAUGUGCACUCUCCAGCUUCGAGGUGAUCGGGUGCUCCACCGACAUCAGUAACAUAGGCGGCAGCUGUUUGAAGCACGGAUUCCCACACGCGGAGUUCGAGGUUCACGACAAAGUGUGGGGUGUGAUGGACUCUUGGAAAGUGGUCAAGGUCACAAUGGGUCACGAGGAUCGCACCCAUUUCAUUGCAUGCGCCACGGUGCUAGUGGAGAGACACUCUGGCGAUCCUGUUCUCGUAUUCUUGAGAGACCAGAACGUGAGACUCCUGCUUGGACUUCCACUGAAAAUUUGGACCGAUCUCAUUGAGAUGACCAGAGAUGUGCCCUUGGACUUCACUGCAAACCCCAGUCAAAUGCGGGUGGAUGAUAUGUGUGAAUUGGAGUCCUUGUUUCACGCUUGUUGCUCAUUGGCCAACGCCGAAAGGAAACGCUUCCAUAUCGUUUGCAGGUGCCUCAGCAAAGCUGGAGGUGACUACUCUAGUGAUCUCUUCUUCUGUGUGAGUCUGAGUGAGGCAGACAGCCAACACCUCGAAGACAUCAAGGAUGUCUCAACGUUCUUCUUUGCUAAUCAAAACUCUCCAUUUUAAAUUCAUAGGACUGUAAUCAAUCAGUAUACAGAGUGUCCCACGAAAGCUGUAACAACCGAAUACCAUAGAUUUUAUAAAAUAAUAAAAAUAGAAAUCUAACCCACUCUUUUUAAAAUUGUUUAGUUACAACAUCUUUCGGCUAUAUGAUGCCAUUAUCAAGUCCCUUGAUAAUGGCAUCAUAGUCACUUAUAAGUGACUUAUCAAGUCACUUGAUAAUGGCAUCAUAGUCACUUAUAAGUGACUUAUCAAGUCACUUGAUAAUGGCAUAUAUAGCCGAAACAUGUCGUGACUAAACAAUUUUGAAAAGGGUACUUAGAUUUAUAUUUUUAUUUAUAUUCAAGAGUAGCCCUAGAGAAA